UAAGCGUAUGAAAUUGAAGAAUCAAAAUGAUUUUAAUUUAUAUUUUGUAUAAAUAAGCAUGCCAUAUUAUAUGAAAUCAUAAAAAUAUUGGAUUGAGGUUUGAAAUUUCCUCAUCCAAAUGGACCCAAUUUUUGACUUCCUUUGUCGAACAUAAUUGCCUUACCUGUGGAAAAGGGAUAGGAUAUGUUAACCAUUCAGAACUUGUGGAAAAGGGAUAGAAUGUGUUAACCAUUCAAGUUAUUCUUUAAUUAAAGUUGAAUGGGAAUAAGUGUGUUAACCAUUCAAGUUAUUCUUUAAUUGAAGUGGAAUGGCAUGUAUAAAGACGAGCAGGGACGAGCCAUCUUUCACUACUCAAAACCAUAUUCUCGUUUACAAACUUCUACUUUAAUUCACUUCACUUGCCUGUGUUUUUUCUUGUCCUGAAUACAAGAAAUGGCGGAAGGAGUUCUCUUCAACAUUGCCGAAGGGAUCAUUGGAAGGCUUGGCUCCCUUGCUUUCCAAGAGAUUGGACUGAUUUGGGGUGUCCAAGAUGAGCUCCGCAAGCUCCGGGAUACAGUUGCCGGAUUCCAAGCUGUUCUUCUUGACGCUGCGCAAAAGCAAGCCGAUAAUGAAGUCAAACACUGGCUCCAAAGCGUAGAAGACGCAGUUUAUGAAGCCGAUGACCUGCUGGAUGAGUUUAAUGCUGAAGCUCAGCGGAGACAAAUGGUGCCUGGAAAUACUAAGUUGUUAAAGAAGGUGCGUCUAUUCUUUUCUAGCUCAAAUCAACUUGUUUUUGGGCUAAAGAUGGGUCAUAAGAUAAAAGAUAUUAACAAGAGGCUGAGUGAGGUUGCAAAUCGUAGAACCUUUCACUUAGAAGUAAAUCGUGAAGAUACACCAUUUGUAAAGAGAGAGAGGGUCACUCACUCAUUUGUCCGUAAGGAAAAUAUUAUAGGGAGAGAUGAAGAUAAAAUGGCAAUUAUCGAACUUUUGUUGGCUCCCAUCUCAUCUGAGAAUGUGUCAACCAUUUCCAUAGUUGGAAUUGGAGGAUUAGGGAAAACUGCACUUGCGCAACUCAUAUUCAACGAGGAGGUGAUUCAAAGUCAUUUUGAGUUGAAAAUAUGGACAUGUGUCUCUAAUGUAUUUGAGUUGGAUAUAGUUGUUAAGAAAAUCCUUCAAUCCGAGCAUAAUGGGAUAGAGCAAUUGCAAAAUGAUCUUAGAAAAAAAGUAGAUGGGAAGAAGUACCUACUUGUGUUGGAUGACGUGUGGAAUGAGGAUAAAAAGAAGUGGCUUGACUUGGAGAACUUGUUAAUGGGUGGUGGAGAAGGUAGCAAAAUACUAUUAACCACUCGUAGUAAAAAAGUUGCGACGAUACCAGACUUAACUAAACCAUACACCUUAAAGGGUUUGAAUGAGGAGCAAAGUUGGUCUUUAUUUAAAAAAAUGGCUUAUAAAGAUGGAAAGGAGCCAGAGAAUUCAACAAUUAAGGCAAUUGGGAAGGAAGUUACUGGAAAAUGUCAGGGAGUUCCACUGGCUAUAAGGACGAUAGGUGGGAUGUUGUUCGCCAAAGAUGACGAAACAUAUUGGUUGAAUUUCAAAGAAAAGAAACUUUCAAAAAUAAAUCAAGAAGAAAAUGAUAUUUUGCCAACACUUAAAUUGAGUUAUGAUGUGCUCCCAUCACAUUUGAAGCAUUGUUUUGCUUAUUGUAGCUUGUUCCCACCUGAUUAUGAGAUCUCUGUACCAAGAUUGAUUAGACUUUGGGUGGCACAAGGGUUCAUUGAGUCAUGCGACGAAAACGAGUGUUUGGAGGAUGUUGCAUUUGAAUAUUACGGGGAGUUGUUGUGCAGAUCAUUUUUUCAAGAAGAAAAAAUAGAUGAGUUUGGUAUAAUAAGAAGUUGUAAAAUGCACGAUCUCAUGAAUGAACUUGCAAUCUUAGUGUCGGGGGUCGGAAGUGUCGUAGUUGAUCUAAACCGAAAGAAUUUUCAUGAAAAGCUUCGUCAUGUAUCUUUCAAUUUUGAUAUUGAUUUGUCGAAAUGGGAAGUGCCAACAUCCUUGCUAAAAGCAAGCAAGAUACGAACCUUUCUUUUUCUUUGGCAACAAGGUUGGGGUGAUCACCAAAGUUCCUCACGUAAUGCAUUUUAUACUACAAUUGUUUCAAAUUUUAAGUCAUUACAGAUGUUGAGUCUCAAUGAAUUAGGAAUUACAACAUUACCUAAUUGUCUUAAAAAAAUGAAACGUUUGAGAUAUCUUGAUCUUAGUGGGAAUCCCAUGAAGAGACUUCCAGAUUGGAUGGUUGGACUUUCGAAUUUGGAAACACUAGAUCUCUCAAACUGUAGGGCUCUUGUGGAAUUGCCUAGAGACAUUAAAAAAAUGAUCAACUUGAGGCAUCUCAUGUUGGAACGCUGUUUGCGAUUGAGUGGAAUGCCACGUGGAAUAGGUGAAUUGAAUGGUGUUCGUACAUUGAAUAGAUUUGUUUUGAGCGAAAGCAAUUGUUUGGGGAGGGGCGGUAGUGCUGGUCUUGCUGAGCUGGGGACCCUUAACGAAUUAAGGGGACGGUUACUCAUUGACAAUUUGAGGCAUGUGGUGUCAGAAUCAAAUAUUGGUACACCUCUCAAGGACAAACACCAUCUUUGUUCGUUGGAUUUAAUCUGGAAAGAGGGAGAAGAUAUAAGCGCGGUUGAUGAGGAGGAUAUUAUAAAGUCAAUGGAAGUAUUGCAACCCCAUUCUAAUCUAAAGCAGUUGGAAGUGUAUGACUAUAAUGGUGUGAGGUUUGCGAGUUGGUUUUCUUCUCUCAUAAAUAUUGUUAAUCUCACACUGGCUUACUGUAGGAGAUGCCAACGUCUUCCACCCUUGGAUCAUUUGCCUUCCCUUAAGUCUCUUACAAUGUUUGGGUUGGAGAAGUUGGAGUACAUAUCAGAGAAUGAGAGCAGCAUUAGUAUGAGUGAUGAGAUGAUGAGGAUCUCAUUCUUUCCCUCCCUGGAGACACUCAAGUUAUACAAUUGCCCUGUUCUGAAGGGAUGGUGGAGGGCCCACACUCAUAACAGUGCUUCUUCUUCUUCAUCAACGGAAAAUCUGUCGUUGCUUUCUUUUCCUCGUCUUUCUACAUUGGAGAUCUAUAAUUGUCCUAAUCUAACUUCCAUGCCUCUGUAUCCAAAUGUGGUUGAAAUGGAACUUACGAGGAGCAGCUGGAAGGUUGUUGAUUCCUUGUUUGUUGGAGGAGCAUCUGAUAUUACACAUGAUGUUGGUGUUGAUGUUUCUGCCUCUUCUUCUUCCCCUCAUCUCUCCAAAUUAACACAUCUGUCACUCCAUGCAAUUGAGGAUUUGGCAUCACUGCCAGAAGAAAUAAGCAAUCUCACAUCACUUCAGGAGCUUGCAAUUCGUAAUUGUCCUAAUCUAACUUCACUGCCAGAAGGGAUUCGUGGACUCCCCUGUUUAAAUGGAUUGCAAAUUUGGCGGUGCCCCAUGUUAAGCGAAACAUGCAAGAAAGAAACAGGUGAGGACUGGUUUAAGAUUGCUCACAUCCAAUCCAUUGAAAUUGAUGAAUCUUAAGGUGGCAUACCAUGUGGAUCAAUGAUUUUGUGAAUGGGGCGUCAACCGUUUGGAUUCAAUAUGUAAGGGCCAUGUUGAUUGCUUGUAGUGGUUGUAUAUGAUUUUACUUUUGAUUGUCGAGGUUUUAAGUACUAUGUCCCCUCGUUGUAUGUUUUUUCUUUAAAUAAUAUAAUAUGGGCGUGAGGGCCUAGCCCCCCAGCUUCGACUGGGUUCUAGCCCUCUUUAAAUAUUUCUUUUUAAUAUU